AUGGAUAACACCCAAGGUAAAUGGCCUGAUCACGUAGGCAUACUGGCCUUAGAGAUAGUAGUACCAUCUACAUAUGUAAACCAGACUGACCUCGAGGUGCACGGUGGUGUAUCUAAAGGCAAGUAUACAAUCGGUCUGGGUCAAGAGCGCAUGGCAUUUUGUUCAGACUGCGAAUAUGUUGUCUCAUUGUGUUUAACUGCAGUAAGUUUGUUAAUGCAGCGUACAAGAACAAGUUAUUCAGAUAUUGGACGACUCGAAGUGGGAACCGAAACACCAGUAGACAAGUCCAAAAGUAUCAAAUCCAUGUUAAUGUGUUUAUUUGACAACUGUAACAAUGUCGAAGGAGUAGAUUCGACCAAUGCUUGUUAUGGGGGCACCGCUGCCCUUUUCAACUCAAUAGCAUGGUUGGAGUCCAGUGCUUGGGAUUGUAUAUACCAAAUAUAUAAUAAAGGAAUUUGA